AUGCUGUCGGCGCGGAGCCUGCGGAAGGCGUCCGUCCCGCCGUCCCUUCUCUCCGACCCCUCGCCCGGCUGCCUCCAGCCCACGCGCCUCGCCGUCCACGUCAAUGGCGACGGCGGAUCCUGCUCCGCGUACUUCGCCUCCGGUUGCCGCGUCUACAACUUAAAGAUAUCCAUGGAAGAAGAGAUGCUGUCCAGAGGAAAAGAGAGCCUGUUGAUUCCUAUCAGUGCGCAGGUCAUAAGCUCGUCGGUUGUGGACCGCUGCCCGCAUCAUUCGGAGAUUCAGAGUGUAGUUCUGGCUGAAGGUGAAGGUGAUAGCUGCUUGAUUUUGGGAACUGUCGACGCUUACGGUCACCUCAUUGUAUCCCGUUUGGACACUGUGGCAGAGGACAUCGACAGGGCGUCCUAUUCAGUACCACCUCGUGAUAGUGGUGUCGGAGAAGGAAGUUGGGCUGGGUUGUGUUUUAGUCCAACACACCAAUCCACGGUAGCUGUUGCCCGUGAAUUGUGUAAGAGCAUUGAUAUCUAUGAUCAAGAUAUUCAUAUUCGGAGUUUACGUACGUUAUGGUGCCCAUCUUCAGUAAGGUUUGCUCAAGGGAGUGAAAGUAGUUCGAUAUUGACAAUUACUGAAGGUUCUCAGCUGAGCAUCUGGGACUUCAGAAUGCAUAACAACGGUGGAUGUGUACAACGCAUUUCUGGUCCUACUGGAGGCAUAUUAUACUCAGUCUGUACCUCUCCUUCAGGACUGAUUGCUGUCGGUGGAACUGAUCGUGCUGUCACAGUCUAUGAUCCUCGCAGGUGGUCAGCCUUAUCAAGAUGGGUGGGCUGCUCCAAGUAUGAGAUUACUGGUCUUUUGUUUUCGUCAGUGGACCAAUCCUUCAUAUACGUCCAAGGUGUUGAUUAUGAGAUUACUUGUGGACGCUGGAGAGAAAGUAAGCACGCAUUCUCAUUUCGAGGUGAUUCGAACUGGCUGGGCUUUUCAAAGUGUGCGAAUACAGAUGUGGUUGCUGGGUGGUGCGGGUCUGGAAGUAUCUUCGUUGCCGAUGUUAGGCAGGAUCUUCUCUCGGCACAACCUGUAUCAUGUAGCGGUUAUCCUUGGGGGCGGAAGUUUCUUGUUGGUUCUUGUAUCAUCAGAGUUAUGCUGAUAAGCUUUGCUGGCUUACAAUACGAAUGCUACAUUUGA